GCGGACGGUUAACGGGUCUCACGCUGGUCGUUGUCAUGGACCGAGGCUGUUUCUCUGCUCGUUCUCCAGCUGUUUCCAGUCAGAAGCGGACAAACUGUGCGUGGAAACGUCUCUGCUGCUGAAUCAAUAUUUUCAGUUUGGAUUUUAUCCACAAGGAAACUUGAGUUAUUUCACUCCUUUUGGAAAGUUUCGGACUAACGGUCGCUCUCUUGAUUUUUCUCCCCUGGCGCGUGAGGCACUUUUUAAAUAAACGUAACACAACUUGUGUUUAACGCGGGCAUACUCGGAGCAUUUCUACACCUCUUGGUGACUUUUAAAGGGGUCUUUUUUCUCUCUCUCUUUGCGGUGGACUCCUCUCAGCUUCCUCCAGCUAGCUAGCGGCGCAGAAUGCUAUGCUGUGGUCCUACGUGAGACAGCAUCAUGAUUUCAGAGGAGAGGAGCAGCCACGUCAAUAAACAAGCCCUGACCUUCCCGGUGGGUUUACUCAUCCGCUCCCCGAAGAAGCGACUGGUCCAACUGGGGAGGAAACCCAGCAAUGGGUCUGUCCAGUCCAAUAACUCGGACGUCACCAUCCGCUCCACGGAGAGCGCCGGUGUCCGGCAGCCGGCCAAGAGCAAAAUACGCCGCCACAACAACAGGCUCUCGACCGUCUUCAACCACAGCCCGGGCAGCGGGCGGCGCGGCCAGGCGCCCGGCGGCGGGACCCCGCCCGGCGACCUCCGUGCCACGGACGACCCCUCGGAGCUGUCCAGUCUGAUGUCCGUCCCCGGCAUCCUGAAGAUCUUUGGCUGCGACAUCUGCCAGGGGACCAACUACAAGAGCGUGCUGGCCACCACGCAGUCCAGCGCCAAGGAGCUGGUGAAGGAGGCCUUGGAGAGGUACUGUCUGGAAAAAGAAGACGCCGGCCACUACGUGCUCUGCGACGUCAUCGGCAAGACGGGCGCAGACAACCAGUGGAAGAGGGAGUGCUUCCGGGUGGUGGGAGACAACGAGAAGCCCCUCACGCUGCAGUCCCUCUGGAAACCCAAGGAAGGCUUCUCCCGGCGAUUCGAGAUCCAGCUGAGAGCGAGCGUGGAGGAGCAGAGUCUGAAGGACAGAGACACGGUCACAGCAGGCAUCAACGCUCAGGCUCGUAAGCUGCAGAAGAGCCGCUCCAGGGUGACCUCGCUCUUCGUGGACGGCAGCGGCGAGGACGCGGACGGACUCGGCAUCUGGCGGAGCCUGAGCGAGAUGGACCUGUCUGCGAUGGGGAAGGAGGCCCGGCGGGCGGCGCAGAGCGCGCUCAGGGAGGACCCGGAGGCCGAGGCCGACAAGGAGGUGCUGCGCCUCGGCAUGGAGAAGGAGGAGACGGAGAGCAGCGACGACAACACCACCCAGUACUCCAUCCACCCGCCCUUCGACUUCCCGUACUUCCUCCUGCUGCAGGGCUACAGCCACAGACAGGAUUUUGUCAUCUACCUGAUGAGUGGCACCACCACCAUCUUUGGCUGCUGCAGGGAGCACUGUAACGGUGAGGACGAGGAGCGGCUGAAGGUCGACAUCCUUCUCUUCGCCCCCGACGUGUUGCCCCAGCACUGCUGCGUCCGACGCCUGGAAUCCAGCAGCCCGACCCCCCCGGGGGAGCACAGGAAGACCCUGACAAUGCUGAAGCCUCUCCACGGUGCCCCCGUGACCAGAAACGGUUUCCUCCUCAAGGAGGAAGUGGAACUGAAACCGGGGGACCUGGUGAGCUUGGGGAAACACUACCUCUUCAUGUUUAAGGAUCCUACCAGCACGUGGGGAUCCGUGCAGACCCCUCUGUGGAUGAACCCGCUCUGCCCCGACCCGGACGCCUCCUCUUGCUCGUCGUGCGGCUCCUCCAUGGCCAUGACAGGGGCCUGGAGCAAGCCUUCGCCGCCUCGUUGGAGGGACCUGGAAGGCACCGAGGCUUUGGUUAGCUACGAGAAGGAGCAGGAGGAGCGGGUCCUGCAGGAGGUUCUGGAUAUGUUGGACCCCGGCGGGGACGGACCAAAGCUGGCGCCUGCUUUCCUGCUCAGCCUCUGUAUCCAGCACUCGGCCUGCACGUUCGGGCUCACACACUUCAGACAGCUGCUGCUCCGGAUAGCUGCACAGAUCCAGCUGGCUAUGUGGGAGAAGACAAAGGUACUUGCAGCGAUCCAGCCAGAAACCGGCCCCAGUGACGAGCAGCCCGAGCGUCUCCGGGUGCUCAGCAUGGAGGAGCUGAUCCCAGGUCUGCAGCCGCUGCUCCUGUGGAUGGCCAACUCCAUCGAACUGCUGCACUUCAUCCAGCACGAAGUCCCUCGGCUGCUGCCCUGGAGGCAGGAGCAGGAGGACACAGGGCUGUUGGACUCUGAGAUGUCCUCCACUCGCACAGCUUGUGAAGAAGCCAUGACAGUCCUGGAAGAAGUCAUCAUGUUCACCUUCCAGCAGUCUGUCUACUAUCUAACAAAGAGCAUGUACUCGUCUCUGCCCGGUCUGCUGGACGGGAACCCGUUCUCCCAGAGCGGUCAGCUGCGAGCGCCCGACGGACUCGGCGGCGUCCUGGAGGUCCUGAAGGAGGCGCUGAAGCUCCUCACAGCCUUCCAGGUCCACCCGGACAUCUCCUUGCAGCUGUGCGCCUACCUGCUGUUCUUCAUCAACGCGUCGCUGUUCAACGCCCUCAUGGAGAGAGGGUCCGUCGCCGGGUUCUACCAGUGGUCCCGGGGGGUUCAGAUCCGGGCCAACCUGGACCUGCUGAUGGACUGGAUCCAGAGCAUCGGUCUGGGCGAUCUGGCCAACGAAUACUUCCAGAAGCUCUCUGCCGCCGUCAAUCUGUUGGCCACACCCAGAGAAACCCUGCAGCAGGCGUCCUGGGCUUCUCUCAGGGCCGAGUUCGCCGCCCUGAACCCCGCUCAGCUCCACCACAUGCUGACGGAGUACCACUCCGGUAAACCCUGUCCCGCCGGGUGGAGCCCGCCAGCGGGCAACGCAGAGGACGCCGCCGUCAGGACGGCCGACCUCCUGGAGAACUUCGACAGCCACCCGCCGCUCAUCCUGCCCGACGGCCCCUUCCACCUGGAGCUGGGCAAACCCAUCGUGGAGCCCGCGCUGUUCCAGCAGCUGGCCCAGCUGCAGGAGUUCAUACGGCGACUCCCCCGCGGUGACCCCGCAGCCGAGCCCGACGCGGAGGAGCAGAGUCUCAACGGGGCGGCUGCAGACAGACAGUCAUCGGCCGCGGCCUUCCGGGACCCUGACCCGGUGACCUGCCCCGCCCCCGCCCCCCAGGCGCCUCAGGCCCGAGGAUCCCACGGCGACCUGAGCUGCUGCGAGGCGGUCCUGACCCAGAAGCUGAAGAGCCUGGAGCUGCAGAACACGCUCUCAGGACACGACGACAUGGGCUACACCAAGAGCCUGGCGCUGGACCCGUCCUGCCUGUUGACUCCGCCCAACACCCCGCAGGGGAUGGAGCUGUCGGCGCUGGAGGCCGAUCUGCAGGAGGGGGCCCGCCAGCAGCGGAAAGCCAGUGGACGAGCCGACAGGAGGACGCAAGCUGCAGAAGGAGGAGAGGAAGAAGAAGACGGAGGAGGCGGGGUCAGAGAGGAAGUGUUCGCGGUGGAGCUCCACAGGGGACCUCACGGACUGGGCCUGGCUCUGGUGGACGGCUCGAAGACUCAGCUGAGGAUCAGCGGCGUUUACGUCAAGUCGGUGGUUCCGGACUCUCCCGCCGCCCGGUGCCAGAAGCUGAGGGCUGGCGAUCGCAUCCUGGCCGUCAACGGCGUCAGCGUGGUGGGGAUGGAGUACAACGCCGGCAGAGAGCUGAUCCGAUCCUCGGGAGACUCCCUCAGCCUGCUGGUGGCGAGUGGCGAGGGCUCGGCCACGACUAAACGCUGAGGGCGGCGGAGGAUCAAGCUGCAAUCGGGAUUUCUGCGGUUUCCCCCUUCCCGCUGCAUGGCGAGUCGGUGCGAGGUCACGCGUCCUGCUCCUCGCGCAGCCAACAGGGACGAAGCAGCGGGACGGACUCACUCUUUCUGCUGACUCAGCUUGUUUCUGUGGACACACGCGUGAGGUUUGGCCCCGAGGAGAAAACAAGGAAUACAACACUGGGAUCUAAUUUACUGGGAUUUUUAUUAUCAUCUUCUGUAAAAAAAAAAAAACAUUUUAAACAAUAUUCUUUUUUUCACAUCCACUCACACACUAAUGAAACCAAAGCUCCACAUUAAUUAUAUUCUGCUGAUUCACUUCCUGCUUACAGUUAAAUGAGAGGAUGUUAGCUUAGCUUAGCAUAAAGACUGGAAACGGGGGGAAACAGGUAGCCUCUAGUCUGUCUGCGAUGGUCAUGCUAAGCUAAGCUAGCCCCCCCCCCGGGGGGCUCCGGCAUCAUCUCAAACAUGUUGUGAAUCCUCUCAGCCAAAAAGCAGCUAGAAAAGUAAAAAUUAGUGAAGUUUUCCUCUGAAGCCUCGGGACGAAAUAUCAAACCUCCCAGUGACUGAUGUGAGGUCAGUUUACACGACAAACACCAGCAGCCAUGUUUGAACGUGUUUAACACUGUAAGACAAACUGCUACAGUGUUCUCAUCUCAAUCCUUGUUAAGUCCAAAUAUAUUGAUACACAGUAUUAUUCAUAGUAUUUUGUAAUAUUUAUAUGGUGCCGUAUUUUUGAAAACGUUGGAAUAAAUGUUAUUUUGAC